AUGUACCCAUUUACCUUCACAAUAUGCCGUAAAGUAGUACUGCCGGCGGUAGGCUUGUACUUCUUAAUGGCAUUCGUAUUUUACUUUCACAAUUUGGGUACCAAUCCUCAACCACCCCCGGAUUGGGGGUUUGACAAGAAAAAGCCGAUCGAUGGACCAUUAGUAAUGAGAGACAAUAUCUUCGAAGAUGGCAAAGUAAUUGGAGGAGUGGUACUUUUGAACCCUAUGACAUUAGACAAGGGGGAUCCGCCUAUUAAAAAGCUAGAUUCUAAGCCGGUAGAGGAUCUAAAAGUCAAUGAGGAGUUUGUGAAGGUAAGGUGGAGGUAGGGGUAAAACUAGAGAUAAAGGUAGGGGGAGGGGGACAAAAGUAGGGGUAGAAUUAGAAGGUAAGGGUAUUAGUAGGGGUAGGGUUAAGCUACAUACCUAACGACUUCAUUUCAGAAGCUAAUAAAGAAGUCUAAAGACAUAAACCAAGCUCACGACCUAGUCCUAUUCACAAUGAUCAACGAUGCCUAUCUCAACUUAACGCUGAACUGGCUAUGUAACACUCAUUCUUUGCCUGGGGCUAAAAUUCACGAAAAGAUCAUUUUUGUUACAGUAGGAAACGAGACAUGCCAAAAAAUACAAAAAGAUUGGCCUAAAGUGGAGUGUUUGGAGAUGAAGGCAGAUACUGCUUAUGGCGCUGCAAUGGAUUGGGGUACUAAUGGUUACGCCAAGUUUUUGGAAGCUAGGCUUAAGUUGAUGCUUAGGUUAAUUGAGGUAAGUUAAUUUACAGAUUUAAGCCUAAGCCAACUAAGCCUAAGUCUACUAAGCCUAAGCCGACUAUGCCUAAGCCUACUAAGCCCAAGCCUACUAAGCCUAAGCCUACUAAAGCUACGACUACUAAGCCUAAGCCUACUAAGCCUAAGCCUACUAAGCCUAAGCCUACUAAGCCUAAGCCUACAAAGCCUAAGCCUACUAAGCAGCAUAAUCCCAUUAAUUCUAAAACUACUAAACCUGAAGAAACUAAGCCAAACUUUCAAAUCCUUUCAGGCCGACCUAAACCUAGUGAUAUUUGAAGCAGAUGCGGUUUGGUGGAAAAACCCGUUAAAAUUGUUCCACGAAGCCUUCAACGAAACCGAAACUGAUCUCACAAUUCCAGUAAAUUUCAAAGAGACGAAUGGACAAAAAUAUGCUUUCGAUCCAAUGUGUGUUAGGCCGACUUAUGAAACCAAAAAAGUUUUUAAAGAAAUUUUGAAAAAUCUGAAGAGCCAGAAGAAAUUAAUGGAUCAGGUAUGUACUCUUAAAGUAAUGUAUUGCUAGUUUAAGAGCUAUAUAUAAAGAAGUAGACCUGCUUUUGUCUGAGCCUAGGUCUACUCAGUACUCACAUAGUAAUCCUGAAUCCAAAACAAAACCUGAAGCUAAGCUUGAAUUAAGCCUGAGCUAACCUAGCAAAGCCUAGCCAUAGCCUAAGCAUAAGUCGAAGCCUAAGCGUAGUCUAAGCCCAGCCUAAGCCCAGCCUAAGCCCAGCCUAAGCUCAGCCUAAGCCCAGCCUAAGCCCAGCCUAAGCCCAGCCUAAGCCCAGCCUAAGCCCAGCCUAAGCCCAGCCUAAGCCCAGCCUAAGCCCAGCCUAAGCCCAGCCUAAGCCCAGCCUAAGCCCAGCCUAAGCCCAGUCUAAGCCCAGUCUAAGCCCAGCCUAAGCCCAGCCUAAGCCCAGCCUAAGCCCAGCCUAAGCCCAGCCUAAGCCCAGCCUAAGCCCAGCCUAAGCCCAGCCUAAGCCCAGCCUAAGCCCAGCCUAAGCCCAGCCUAAGCCCAGCCUAAGCCGAAGCCAAAAUUUAAACCUAAACCUAAGCUUCAGCCUAAGCCUAAGCCAAUAACCCUAAUAAUACCAUUAAAAAACCUAUGUGUUCCCCGCUACAGAGUUCAAAUGCCGUACCCUCGGUAAAAAGAAAAAAUAUCUGUAAUGUUAUCUAACAUAUUGUUACCUAAUAUAUAAUAUUAUGUAUAUAUUAAGAUAGCCUUAGAGAAAUUGCAAUAAAUCGUAUUGCGCAACGUUUUCUUAUGUAACUUUUUAGUGUUAUACAAUAUUUGCCUCGAUGUAAAACGACCCACAAAUUACUGCGAGUACAGCAUUAUAACUCAAUGUUUCUUCGGGGGAACGUUACCUCAUAAAUAAAAGUUAAUAUAGAAUGUAGGAAAGUUAGGUUUGUUACCAAAUUGCAGGCCUCAUAUGUCUAAACCUACUAGACUAAGCCAUUGCUUUGUUAUAAGCCUAAGGCAACUAGCCUAAGCAACGUACGUCUCAGCCUACUAAGCCUAAGCCAUAACCUCAUUAUAAGCCUAAAUUUACUAGCCUAAGCUUCGUAAGCCUCAGCCUAAUAAGCCUAAGCCAUAACCCUUUUGUAAGCCUAAAGCUAAUAGCCUAAACUUUUUAAGCCUAAGCUUAAUAAGCCUACGCCAUAACCUUAUUAUAAGCCUAAAACUUCUAGUUUAAGCUUCUUAAGCCUCAGUUUACUAAACCUAAGUCAUAACCUUAUUAUAAGCCUAAUUUAUCAUAAAAUUCCGAUUUUAGGACAUUCUGAACGCCAAAUGCACCUCAAAAGCCCUUCGUUGCAAAUCUUUCAAAUGGUCAGAUGUGGCAGAUGGAAAAUGGUUCAAAAUGAGCCAGAAAGAGCGCAAGAACUACAAACCCUAUAUAGUCAACAACAACUACUACAUUGGUGCCAAAAACAAAAUGAGCCGGCAAGCCUUGAACAAUGCCUGGUUUUUAAGUCCUAAGGGCAUUUGUAAUAGUUCUAAGACUAAAAAAGCACUUUUGAAGCAUAUAUAA